AUGGGAACAUGGAGGCCGGCAAAACAGUGCGGCAAAGAUCUGAUUCCAUCGCUUUGCCCAAACCCCAAAUCAGCAGAUGUCUCAAGCAAUGAGACUGUGCCGCAGUUGACAGAACGAUCAAACCAUCCUAAUGGGGAAGCUUCAGCAUCCCCCGACUUGACAAACGAACCCCCAGAUGGAGGAUACGGUUGGAUUUGCGUGAUCGCCGCCGCCAUCGUCAAUGCCCAUUCAUGGGGCUUCAACUCGGCAUAUGGCGUUUUCCUCGCCUAUUAUCUCAGCCAUGGAACGUUUCCCGGUGCUUCGCGAUUAGAAUAUGCGUUCGUGGGCUCAUUGAGCUUGACAACGAUGUUCAUCGUAUCUCCAAUCGCGACAAUGGCCACGCUUAAAUACGGCAUUCGGAAAACAAUGUUUGCAGGCGUCAUCUUCGAAACAGCCAGUUUCAUUUGCGCGAGCUUUGCUUCCCAAAUUUGGCACCUCUUCAUCACCCAAGGCAUCAUGUUCGGCCUUGGGAUGGGUCUACUCUUCAUUCCUGUUGCCUCUGUUGUGCCGCAGUGGUUUACUUCGAAGCGCUCGCUCGCUAGUGGAGUCUCUCUUUCUGGGGCUGGGCUCGGAGGUCUUGUUUAUUCUUUGGUGGCUGAAGCGAUGAUCAGGAACAUUGGUCUGAGUUGGGCUUUCAGGGUUAUUGGUAUUCUUGCAUUCUGUGUUAAUACCUGCUGUGUGCUCUUGAUCAAAGAUCGUGGGCAGAUAAGCAAGUCUGGGAAGGUGGCUAUGCGAAUCGAUUUCUUCAAAAGAUUGGAUUUCAACCUCCUUGUUGGAUAUGGAGUUUUCACGGUUCUGGGCUACUUCAUCUUGAUUUAUAGUCUGGCCAACUAUGGGGUGCAAAUCGGCUUGACAUCUUCACAGGCAUCACUUGUCAGCGGCAUCUUCAAUCUGAGUCAAGCUGUCGGUCGACCACUGAUUGGAUAUUUCAGUGACACGGUCGGUCGUAUCAAAAUGGCCGGUGUUACUUCAUUUGCUGCAGGAGUUAUCGCCCUGGCAGUGUGGGUCAACGCCCAGAGCUAUGGGCUGUUGAUGUUCUUUGCUGUGGCCGAUGGCCUCUUUGCGGGAGGCUUCUGGGCUUUGAUCGCGCCUUUGGUUGCCGAGAUACUUGGGUUGGACCAGGUAUCUCAUGGCAUGAAUAUUGUCUGGUUAAGCAUUGUCAUACCUGCCACAUUCUCGGAACCAAUUGCGUUGGCCAUCACUAGCACAACAGGGAAGUAUCUUGGUGCUCAACUAUUUACGGGCUUCAUGUAUGUCGGAGCAUCCGCUUUUCUUGGGGCGCUCUGGCUGGUAUGUCGAAAUAGACAGGAAAAAUAG